UUGGCUGUAACUACAGGGAAAAGAAAGCAAGAAGAACACAAUGAAAAGUGUGCAAAAAAGUCUUUUGAAUAUAUAAAGGAAUGCCAAGUUGAAAUUAUGGAUAAAAGCAGCAAGCCGCCAGUAACUUUUGAGAUAUUUAAUAAGUUUAUAGAAAAUUUAUCGGAUAUAGCAUUCCAAGUAAAAGUCUGCGAAGUAGAAUGUAGGACCAAAACGACAGAUGAAUGCGCUAAGUGGUACUAUGAGGCAUUCUAUAACCAGCCUGAGGUGCGCAAAAAGUAUGAAUAUAGACUAAAGUCAUGUCCCAAGGCAAUGAGAGAUAAACUGCUACAGAUACCGGAAAGCAUAGAUGAUAAACAAAUUAAAGCUCAGGGUGCUGAUGGUGUGGAGCUUAAUUUACAUGGACGUGGCCGAUUUUUAUUCCCCGUAACAUUUGAAACAUUCCAGCAGUAUGUGGACCAGGAUAAAUUGUUGCCUUACCUUUUGCGCAAGCAUUUCAAGGAUAAAACUAAGCGCCAGGCUUACAUUUCUGACGCAGCUUUAUGCCGCAAAGUACUGCGCAAAUAUUACAAUACUUUUUAUAUAUAUCCUAAUCUGCGCCUAACAAGUAAACAUGAUUUUCUGAAAGUACCUGAUGCCUUGCGUGAAAGGUUGUGGCUUCCAGGCAAGCCAUUGGAUGAAAUGGCUCAAAAUGCAGUGGCCAAUGAGGAUGUGUCGCUACAGCGUCAAUUACACGCUCAGAACUCGCGCUCGUCCAUAACUGAGUGUCACGAAUCACAAGUGGACGACGAUGCGGAUGCAGUUGAUAGUGAAACAGAGGACUUAGUUGUGGUCGACAAACGUGUGGCUUCCAACAUAAGCAAUAAUGUUGAAAUGACAGAAACUCCAAAAUCAAGUAAAACUAGCACUGUGGAUGCAGUUGAAGCAAGAACCGAAUUUGCAGAGAAAUCUAUUGAGACAUUGACUGUUAAUACCAAACAAAAGCCCAUUGGAAAAUCGUUUGGAAAUAUACGUAAUUGGUUAGUCACAAAUAAGGAACACAAAAGACAAGGACUUGGACGCUAUAUAUUUCCCGUAACAUUCGAAACUUUUGAGCAGCAUGUGGACAAGGAUAAGCUGUUGCAUUAUUUGGUACGAAAGCAUAUCAAGGAAGCGAAGCGUCAAGCUUACUUAUCUGACGAAUCUAAAGGCCGCAAAAUGCUGCACAGAUAUUACCUUACCUUUUAUAUAAAUCCAAGCCACCGCUUAUCAAGUAAACAUGAUUAUUUGCGAGUACCUAAUGCCUUGCGUGAAAAUUUCUUACUGCCAGGCAAGCCAUUGGAUGAAUUGGCGCUUAUAACAAUGGACAAUCAACCAGUGCUUGAACGGCAGCCAGCAGCAGAAAUUGAGGCAGUUAGCUCAACUGAGUCCAACAAUUGGCUGCCUAUCGUAUCCUCAAUAGUAAGCUUUGAGGUAUUUGAGCAACAUAUAAAGAAUCUGUAUGAGAUUGUCUGGCAGCUGAAGAUGAAUGAUCCUGUAUAUGAAUGCAAAGGCUUUGAGGAUUGCGCGUUUGCAUAUUAUUUGGCAUUUUAUUUAAAGCCUGAAAUACGUGAAAGAUACGCAUUUGUAUUAAAUCCUUGCACAUUGGCUAUGAAGAAACGUAUUUUAGCAUUGCCCAAUAGCGUUGAUAUUGCCCGAUUGGAGCAGCUGCAAAUCAAGCAUCCAUAUCUGUCUAUAAGUUCGCAAGAUGAGACGCAACAAGCAUCGGAGACUGAAGCACAAGCCAUGGAGUUGGAUGACAAUGAAGUGGAUUCCCAAAUGGCAAACGCUGAGCAGCAACAGAAUGCAGUAGCUAUAAGCGAACCAGCUUGUUCACAAGGGUCUGAUGCUACACUUGAUGCAUCUGAGAUAGCAGAUAUACCAAUGGAGUCGGCGCAUUCAGUUCAACCAGCGCCACAACAAAGUCCAUUAAAAAGUGAUAACAGAAUAGAAACUAAUUGGCCCGUGGAAUCAUCUGCGGGAAAACAUAUACCAAUGAAGUCGCCGCAUACAGUUCAACCAGCGCCUCAGCAAAGUACAGCCGCUAGUAAUGAAAGAAUAUUAAAAACUGUAAAUGGCAUUACCUACGAAUUUCCUGUAUCUUUGGAGGCAUUUAAGCGAUACAUUAACUACGAUAGCGUCAUUCAAGAGUUGGCGCACUUUCGUACCGGAAACAAAGAGAAAGCAGCGCAGAUACUAAGAGAUCGGGCCAGGAAAAUAGCAAUAUUCAAAGGCUACUAUAAUAGUUUCUAUAUACAUGCGGAAAAGCGAAAUGUUUGCAAUUAUAAUUUUGAUGCUGCACCAGCUGAGUCGCAAGUGAAAUUGAUGCAGCUAGCACAGCCUGUGAAAGAGCUGACAGCGCCGCAGAUGUCACAGUCUGUAAAGGAGUUGACAGCGCCAACUAAACAGACUGUGGAGUCACCAGCAGAGUUGCAAGAGCUGCCAACGCCUGAAAAUCCUACAACAGAGACUGUAACUAAAGAGACUGAACAAAGGAAGUCAACUAGUUCUAUACAAUAUCCUGUAUCUUUUGUGCUCUUUCAAAAAAUAGUUUUCCUGGAUGAAAUUGUGGCAAAGAUGCAAAAACAAGCGCAGUAUUCGCAGUUAGACGCAUUACAAUGCCAGCGUGUAUUUUAUCACAAUUUCUAUACUCAACCAAAAAUACGACAAGAGUAUGAAAUUGUUUUAAGACCCUGCCCGGCUUUCGUUGAGGAUUUAUUGUUCAAAGUGCCGCUAGUGCAAAAUGUAAUGGAAAAUGCUAAAAAGCGCAAAGACAUUCGUCUGUUUAAGCCAUAUAACUUAGCUGCUUAUAUAGCUUUAACGAAAGACGCGCAUAGGCGACAGCUGCUGUUUAAACAAUUUUUGAGUGUUAAUGAACAGCAGCAGGUGGAGCGAUUAACUGAAACUGGCGCCACAUCUGAAUUAGGAACAACUUCUGGGGCUUCCAAUAAUGCAGCAGCAGCAGCGGAGAGCGCAUCAACAGCAACUUCGAAUGCAACAGCAGCGAUGGCUGCAACUGCAAUCGUAGCUGCAGUAGUUCAGCCAAAUUCAAAUGAUGCAACCGCAAGCCUUAACCCAACUUUAUGUGCUGCAGCCGAGGCAAGUUCAAAUGCGCUCAGAGUCUCUCGGCCAAAAGGAGCGUCAUGCGUUAAUUCAACUGCUCAAGUGCCCAUUAUAAGCAUUAUAAACCUUAACUCAAUGCAGGACCUUAAGUUUCGAGUUUUGAAAGACAAUGCUAACUCAAAGCCGACUGAAAAUUCUGCAACUGACAUCAACGCUAGACAAAUCUGCAAGCCAAGCUCAAAGGCAACGCCAAACGCAAAAGAAAAGCAGUUGGAUCCUACAAUAAGCCAUGACAAAACAAAUAUAUCAUCCUUAAGUGCAGCAAGCUCAAAGGCCACGACAGGCACAAAAAAAGCGCCAGUUGAGCCUGUAGCGUCCCAGACCAAAACCAAUGCAACAUCCUUAAAACCAGCAAGUUCAAAUUCAACGACAGUCCCAAAAAAGGAGCCGGUUACGCCUAUAACAUCCCAGGUCAAAAGAAUUACAACUGCAGUACGUUCAAAUGCAACGUCAGAUGCAAAAGAAGCGUCAGUUCAAUCUACAGCAACCGAUGCCAAGGCAACUGCAACUUCCUUAACGACAAUGGCAAAAGAAUCGCCAGUUGAACCGAACCCAACUAAAGUUACUCCAACUGAGAUUAAUUCAAACAUCAAUGCCAACCAAAUCUGCCAGCCAAGCUCAAAUGCCACAACAGACGCAAAAGAUGCACCAGUUGAACCUGUAGCGUCCCAGAACAAAACCAAUGCAACAUCCUUAAAUCCAGCAAGUGCAAAGGCAAAGAAGUCGGCUGAGCCUAUAACAUCCCAGGUCAAAACAAAUACAACAGCUUUAAGUGCUUUACGUUCAAAUGCAACGUCAGAUGCAAAAGAAGCGUCAGUUGAACCUACAACAUCCCAGGCCAAGGCAACUGCAACUUCCUCAACGACAGUCGCAACAGAAGCGCCAGCAACUGCAACUACAUUGGCUGAGCAAAAAUUACAGCUGGAGUGCGUUAACUUUUUUGCUGAAGCCAGCGAGGAGCACAACAUGAGAUAUUUGCUGCGAACCAGCCGCGGACUAAUGCACAGCCUAUGGCGUAUAUUAGCACAUCUAAGCUUAGCCGAUUUUAGAAAAUACACGAGCAUACAGCAAGCCGAAAACAUCUAUGAGGAUGAGCAGGUGUUGAGUCGUUGCUAUGAGCACGUGGUGGGCAGAGGGAAUUGGCCACUCCAGCUACAUGUGAAGCUGCACUUGUUGCAGCAAUUGUUGCAUAGCAAUGGCGUAGAACUUGACUUUACGGAUUUGGAGGAACUUUCACCGAAAGUGCUGCAUUUGGAUGAACUGCUGCGUUUUACUAAUUUUUAUAGCAUUGCUGAGGAGGAUUACUGGCAACGCACGGGCGAAGAGGCGCCAAGCGUAGAGGCUUGGUUUGAAUUGGGAGCAAAGUUCUAUGAGCGCUGCUGGCAACAUAAUCAAUGGCUGCGCCAAGUGCCAGUGAUUUCAACCGAACACUUGAAGCAGUUACUCAGCACUGUCGUGCCCGUGGAGAUUAGAGAGCAUGAGAAAUUGAGUGCAUUGCCAGCUUGCUUUAACAAUUUAGAUGACUCAAGCUGUCCCGCCACGCAACUGGAUACUUCACUGCCUGUUACUAGUUUUGUGGACAUUGAUAAUGUUUGCCCAGCUUCACAGCAGCAAGAGCUCAUAGAUGACCCACUGCUGGCUAACAGUGAGCCUCUAUAUAUAGAUCUGGCUGAUCCUCAAGCGGCUGAUCCGUGGCUGUACGUUGACCAGGCAGAGAUUAUUGAGCUGCCUGAUGAGGAGAACAGUGCUGAACCUCUACUGCUGGAAAUCCGCGAGUCGGAAGAGGAGCCUGUGUGCGAUCAGCAGCAGCGAGACACUGUGGAAGUGCCUGCUGAGCCUGCAGCUAUAGAACUGCCUGCUAAGCAGCAAAUAAAACAGGAGCCCAUUAAAUUUCUCAACGAUUUGCGCUUUAGUCUGCCGGACAAUUCUAAUGAAGAAUUCAACUGUGAGCUUAUAAACACAGAUGAAAAAAUUGUGAAUCUAGCUGAUGAUGAUGAGGAGGAGAAUAAACUUGCCUGCUUCCGCUUGGCGUCAACGCAGCCUCAAGCAAACGUGGCUAACAGUCACAGUCAAGAGCACUCGUAUGAACGUUUAAUGGCAAAUAUAGCGCAGCUGGAGGAUGCCUCAACUGCAGCUCCUGCUUUAAUCAGAAAGCGACCACUAGCAGCUGCUGUAACUCAAGUUAGAAAGAAAGCGCGCCUGAUGAGCGACAAUGUGCCACAGUUGACACAUGGCUUUCGUGCGCUGCCUAUGACGGCCGUAGCACGGAUUCAACCCAGUGGCACUUCUGUUGAGGUUGCCAGCAGCACAGCAGAGCAGCAAAAGGAAGAGCCGCCGGCACAGGAAAGCGCGUUAACGCCCUCGCAGGCGUUUGCUCAAGAUGAUACGUUGAUGGGCUCAUCUCAACUAGCAGCGCCAUUUGUUACACAACGCAAGCGGCGUCCUUAACUUAUUUAAGCACAACUAGCUUUAAUAUUGUUUAUGUGUACAUUAAUGUUAUUAUGAAUUGAACUAUUGUAUAAGAAGAAUGUUCCAUAAACUAUCAUGUGUUAUUUUGUUUACAUUUGAAUCAAGUGCUGGAUUGUGUUGUAAGGAGCAUCAGCGAGAUUCAGCUAUUCAUCGUGUUAAUUAAUUAAUUUUUAUAUUCGCCAAAUGCUAGUUUAAUAU